GCGCGCACGGCACGUGGCGGGGGCGGGGCCGGGGCCCGGCGGCGGCGGCGGCGGCGGGAGGUGUGGUUCUGGAGGAGUCUGCUCAGCCUGAGGUGUGGAUGGUGUGAAAACACGAGUGGCAGCAGGGGUGAUUCCUGAGCGUGUGACAGUGCCGAGCAGCACCAGCCCGAGUCUGCUGAGCCUCAGGAGCUGCUCUGAGUGAUGUGACCUCAGCCCAAGCACUGCCUUCCAGGUUCCAGAGCCCACUCUGUCCCUGGCCUCCUGCCACCCUCUCUGAGUUGACGUCUCUCCGAGCUGCGUGACUUUCCUGACUGAUUUCUCUCUCCUGCACUUGUGCUGGUGGCAUCUGAGUGCCUGCUCUGCCAAGAAGCCAGCUCGCUUUUAUUGAAGAGCUUUCCAGGGACAUGGGCUUCACUUGUGUCUGUGAGGACCCUUCAGUGUGAGUGGGUGCCAGGGGCCUCCAGAACUGAACUUGUUCCGGGCAUCAUGCGAGGAUCUGUGUGAGCACCCGUGUCCUCACCAGGACAGUGACAGCUCCAGACACCGUCGGCUCCCACAGUGCCAACUCCCUUACUCUCCAAUGCAGACUCAGGGAUGGACUCCACCUUGUCCCCGUGAGGAGGCUCUGCAUGCUCUGCACAGCCAGUUGGGGAUUCCUGCCCCACACCAGGACGGGCUCAGCGGUGCCCGGGGACAGUUCCCACUUUUGUCCUUGUCCCACCCCAGCGCCUGCCACGCACCCAUGGAGGAACCUCUGCCCACCUUCCAUCUUCUUUGAGCGUCUCAGCCCACGUGGUCCAAGCUCACCUGGGCUCCUGGCAGACUGUUUGCUUGUUCUCCUGACUGCUUUCCCAGAUCCUGUUGCAUCCCCUCUCUCACAGAGCCCAAAAAGGAUGUGAACUUUGGAAUGGGGUCUGCGAGCAGGCUGUGGACUCAGUGCGUGUGCAAGACUGUUCCUGAGUGACAGGAGGACUCGUUCAUCUCCACAGGCAGCCUCUCUGCCUGCCUGCAGGGCACCAGCCUUGCCUGGGCCUUUCACCAUGUUCCUUCUGCUCCCCUUUGACAGCCUGGUUGUUAAUCUCUUGGGGAUUUCCAUAACUGUCCUCUUCACUCUGCUUCUGGUUUUCAUCAUCGUGCCAGCAAUUUUUGGAGUCUCCUUUGGCAUCCGCAAGGUUUACAUGAAAACAUUAUUAAAGAUUUUUCAGUGGGCAACGCUGAGGAUAGAGCGUGGUGCCAAGGAGAAGAACCACCCCUUGUACAAGCCUUAUGUCAAUGGUAUCAUUGCAAAGGAGCCAACAUCACUGGAAGAGGAGAUCAAGGAGAUCCGCCGGAGUGGCAGUGGCAAAGCCCUGGACACCCCGGAGUUUGAGCUCUCAGAUAUCUUCUAUUUUUGCCGCAAAGGCAUCGAGACCAUCAUGGAUGAUGAGGUGACCAAGAGGUUCUCAGCUGAAGAGCUGGAGUCCUGGAAUCUGCUCAGCAGGACCAACUACAACUUCCAGUACAUCAGCCUGCGCCUCACAGUGCUCUGGGGCCUGGGUGUGCUCAUCCGCUACUGCUUCCUCCUGCCCCUCAGGAUAGCCCUGGCAUUCACUGGGAUCAGCUUGUUGGUAACUGGAACUACAGUGGUGGGAUAUUUGCCAAAUGGAAGGUGUAAGGAGUUCCUGAGCAAGCACGUUCACCUGAUGUGUUACCGGAUCUGUGUGCGUGCCCUCACAGCCAUCAUCACCUACCAUGACCGAGAAAACAGACCCCGCAAUGGAGGCAUCUGUGUGGCUAACCACACAUCUCCCAUUGAUGUGAUCAUCCUGGCCAGUGAUGGCUACUACGCAAUGGUGGGUCAGAUCCAUGGAGGGCUCAUGGGUGUGAUACAGAGAGCCAUGGUGAAGGCUUGUCCCCACGUCUGGUUUGAACGCUCUGAGGUCAAAGAUCGUCACCUGGUCGCCAGAAGGCUCACAGAGCACGUCCAGGACAAGAGCAAAUUGCCCAUUCUUAUUUUUCCAGAAGGAACCUGCAUCAACAACACAUCUGUGAUGAUGUUCAAAAAGGGGAGCUUUGAAAUUGGAGCCACAGUUUACCCUGUAGCCAUCAAGUAUGACCCACAGUUUGGAGAUGCCUUUUGGAACAGCAGCAAGUAUGGCAUGGUGACCUACCUCCUCAGGAUGAUGACCAGCUGGGCCAUUGUCUGCAGUGUCUGGUACAUGCCCCCGAUGACCAGGCAGCCUGAAGAAGAUGCUGUCCAGUUUGCCAACCGAGUGAAGUCAGCCAUUGCCACAGGGGGCCUUGUGGAUCUGCUCUGGGAUGGAGGACUGAAGAGGGAGAAGGUGAAAGAUACAUUCAAGGAGGAGCAACAGAAACUCUACAGCAAAAUGAUUGUAGGCAAUCAUGAAGACCGGAGCCGCUCCUGAGCCCUCUGCCUCUCACGCUGCUCCUGGGCCUGGCCAGAGCCCUCUGUCUGCAGCAUCAGCCAGGGCUUGUCUGAAGCAGCUGCAAAUCUUUGGACUUUGGAUACUCCAGGGCUGUUUGGACUCGUUCCUUCAUCCUCUGGCCGUUCUUUCCCAGAGGCACUAUUACUGCCUGGAGCCUUUAGGUGCUGGGCAGCUCUUGGCACAGAUGCCUUCUUGUUACUGUUACAGUGGAGCCUCUUGCAGGGGCAUUAUUAAAUGAAACACUUAUGGUGU